AUGUCAUCGGCGGUGAGGUCAUGGAGAACGGCGUUCCUGACCCUGAGGGACGAAACCCUGUGUUCACCUUCCGGAGCUACCGUCCUCCGCCUCCUCAACCAGCUCAUCCUGUCCCAAUCCAAUACCCUCAUAGCUGCCUCGCUGGACUUGUCGCCUCAUGAGGUUACUUCAGACUUCAUGCUGUUGAUGGAGUUGGCUGGGAACAUUUCUCAAUGCCAGAGCGCCGGAGAUGUUACUCAGGCAUUAACUGAAUUGUCUCAAUUGAUUCAUGGCAUCAGCCAUUGUUCUUCUUUGGAAAUCAAUUCAAAGUCUUGGGCUCCUGUGUUUGACUCUUUCAAAAGGAUAGUACAAGCUCUCAUUAGCAUGGGCAAAUCGGAUAGUGUGCUAGUUGGAAACAUUGCCAUACUUAAAGCCACGUUGCACUGUUUAGAAAGUAUACGAUGCCUUUUUGGUUUAUAUCAAGCAGCUGCACUACUCUCAGAAAAUGAACAACUACUGGCUUUUCUUCUUCAAGUGGUUGGUCAUUUUCAUGGGGAGUCAAUAUAUGACAAACAUAUAGUACGUGGAGGUGUAUGCGAAGUCCUAACAACCGCAUUUGCUAUGAUUGGAGAGGCAUACUCGAGACUGGGUUCUUCUUUACCAGUUGACGCAUGGCAGUCAACAAUUGAGGUUCUCAGAAAAGUUAUGGACAUUGUGGCAUCUAAGACCCAUCUAUUGGAGGAUAACAAUAUUGCCAUGUUCUAUAGUGAGCUACUUCGUUGUCUGCACUUAGUUCUGACAGAGCCAAGGGGAAAUCUGGCAGGCCAUGUGGCUGGCUUUGUAGCAGCAUUGAGGAUCUUUUUGCAUUAUGGUCUUUUAAAUAAGCCACAUGUUGUGAAUCAAGUAACUAACCACAAGAAAGAAGUUGGCUCUACUAGCAGAAACCUCCAUGUUGAAGUAUCAAAUAGAUCGAGAACUGGUCCUUAUAGGCCGCCGCACUUGCGAAAAAAAAUUGUGGGAAGUCAGCAGUUUAGCCAUGAAGAUGGCACGUUUUCUCCGAAACUUGACAUUGUAUCAUCGGACUCAGAUUACAGUGAUAAUGAUGGAUCAGUGAUGGAUAAAAGCAGUGCUCUGUUUGCCAAGGCUAGGUUAGCUGCUAUUCUUUGCAUCCAGGAUCUCUGCCAAGCUGACCCCAAAUCUUUCACAGCCCAAUGGACCAUGCUGUUGCCAUCCAAUGACGUGCUACAGCACCGGAAAUAUGAAAGUACCCUGUUGAGUUGCUUGCUUUUUGAUCCUAAUUUUAAGGUUCGGAAUGCAGCCGGCUCUACUAUUGUUGCAUUGUUGGAUGGCCCUGCAUCUGUUUCCCUACAGGUAGCAGAAUUUAAGGGGCACUCCAAAUGUGGGUCUUUCACAGCACUUUCUAGUUCUUUGGGGCAUAUCUUAAUGCAGCUACAUACAGGUGGUACACUGUAUCUAAUUAAACAUGAAACCCACAGUAGGAUGUUGGCAUUGUCAUUCAAAAUUCUGAUGCUUCUGAUAUCAUCUACACCUUAUUCGAGAAUGUCUACAGAGCUACUACCAGGGGUUAUCUUCUCAGUUCAAUCAACUAUCGAAGAGGGUUUUCCACAUCAAAGCGAUCGAAAUAGCUUGCUGGCAGCUGCUAUUAAUUGUUUAUCUCUAGCUCUUUCCGUGUCUCCUUCCUCAACUCAUGUCAAUAGUAUGCUGUUGGGAGAAAUUUCCACAGGAUCACUUGAAGGUCAGAAGAGGACUGGUGUACUGAAUAUCUUAUUUCGAUAUUCUGAACAAUUAUCAAUCCCUCAAACAAGUUUAGAAGCAUUUCAGGCUCUUAAAGCUGUGGCACACAAUUAUCCAAAUGUAAUGGCUUUGUGUUGGGAACAAAUUUCCUCAAUUACUUACCGAGUUCUAAGCUCGGGUACAGAUGUUCCUGUGAAAUCUUGGAGGGCUGAGGUUGAUAACACUGCUGCCCCAAUUAAGGAAAGAGGCACAACAGCUGCAGUCAAGGUUCUUGAUGAGUGUCUUCGUGCGAUUUCUGGUUUUAAAGGAAUAGAGGAUUCUUCAAAUGAUAAAGUUCUUGAUAGUCCAUUUACAUCUGACUACAUGAAAACAACAACAAUUUCAUCUGCACCAUCGUACAACUUAAAGAUCCCAACAUCUACUGAUGAUGAAUCUAAAGCAUAUGCUUUAGCAAGUGAACGCUGGUGUGAAGCAAUAAACAAGCAUAUGCCUCUUAUUAUCAAACAUUCUUCAGCUAUGGUAAGAGCUGCAUCAGUGACCUGUUUUGCUGGAAUGACUUCUUCUGUUUUCUUUGCCCUGCCCAUGGAUAAACAGGAAUUUAUUACAAGUUCUUUGAUUAACGCUGCUCUAAAUGAUGAGGUUCCUUCAGUUAGGUCAGCUUCUUGUCGAGCCAUUGGUGUUAUUGGAUGUUUCCCACAUAUUUACAAUAGUGUAGAGGUUCUGGAAAAGUUUAUCCAUGCUGCAGAGCAUAAUACACAUGACUCACUGGUUUCUGUGCGUAUUACAGCUUCAUGGGCCUUAGCAAACAUAUGUGAUUCUCUUAGUCAUUGUGGCGAUUCACUUGAUGCUGGUAGAGGUUGUGUGACAGUGAGAAGUGGUGAAUUGAUAUCAUUGCUAGUUAACAGUGCCUUGCGGCUGGCAAGGGAUAAUGACAAGGUAAAAGCAAAUGCUGUUAGGGCUAUGGGAAACCUUUCAAGGUGUAUCCAGUUUACAAGUCCACCACUUGUGCGUGAUGAUCCACUGGAUCGUAUUGCAAUUAAAAAUGUGCCCAAGGAUGAUACUGAAGAAAGGUCACUCUCGUUCGGUUCAGCUUCUACGGGGAGUCUCAAUUGGCUUGAGCAGAUGGUGCAGACAUUUCUAUCUUGUGUGACAACUGGGAACGUAAAGGUCCAGUGGAAUGUAUGCCAUGCAUUGCGCAAUCUAUUUUGCAACAGAACUUUGAAACUGCAGGACAUGGACUGGGCUGCUUCUGUUUUUAGUAUCCUUUUACUACUGCUUCGGGAUUCUUCUAAUUUUAAGAUUAGAAUACAAGCUGCAGCUGCUUUGGCUGUACCAGAAACUAUAGAUGAUUAUGGAAAAUCAUAUUACGAUGUAGUCAAAAGUGUGGAGCAUGUAGUUGAGAACUUCAAAUCUGAUAAGAUUUCAGAGCCUUCUAAUUUCAAAUAUUGGGUCGUGCUUGAAAAGCAGUUGACUUCAACCAUGUUGCAUCUGCUAAGUCUUGCUGCCAAGUCCGACCACCAAGCUAUACAAGGUUUUCUAGUAAAAAAAGCAUCAUUUCUCGAGGUCUGGAUUAAGGAUUUGUGCUCAUCACUUGGGGAAACAAGUAACUCGUUUGAUGAGGCGAAACACGUGGUGUCUAUGAAACAGAAAAGGGACACAAUAAUGAGAACUAUACGGUCACUGAUUGAUGUCUACGAAUGCUGUAAUCAUCGACAAAUUGCACAAAAGUUUGACAGAUUGACCACUAGCUUGUUAUAG